GACACGCAACUUGCACAUUUUACAUUUCAUUCCAUCUCCCUAAUUCUUCUAUUUCUAGAAGCAGAAUUUUAAUUUCCAUCCAAAAAUAUUUAGAAAUUGUCUACAUAAAUUUUGUAUUUGUGUUUGUGGUCAUUUAAAUGGUGACUGAGGGGAAAGAUAUUUUAUUUUUUCUCGUAAAUUUGUCAAUCAUACUUUAUACUGCAUCCGCAGCAGUAAAUUUCCGAAACAUUUUUAUAGCUGAUUAGCUUCACAUUAAUCAUGGCUUUAGCUUCGUCAUCUCGUGACGAUAAGGCAGAAAAGCCGGAAAUACUACCAAUGUGCUUGGCAAAAAAUAGUUUCCUUAAAGAAUUUGGUGGUAAGGACUAUGCCACCGUCAACAUGACAGAGAAACGCUACGCCCCCAUCGUUUUGAAGAAAAGGCUGAAAAAACUGCUGAAGACAAGUGAACCGGUCGAAGAGUAUGAUCAGGAUGGAAACACGAUCAUCUUAAUGGGCGAAACUGGAUGUGGAAAGUCCACCCAAGUUCCUCAGAUCGUCCAUCGAUAUUUGAAGAAAAAGUUUCCAAAUACGAAACGGACAUGUAUUGCAAUCACUGAGCCUCGAAGAUUAGCUGCGCUAACUCUGGCGGCCCGAGUAAAUGAAGAAAUGAAGUCAACUAUUGAAGGAAUUAUCGCCCACAGUGUUCGAUUUGAUACUAAUUUUUUUGACCGUACGAGAAUCCACUUUCUUACUGAGGGAAUACUUCUUCAACAAAUUAUGGCAGACCCAUUCUUGCUCGGCUAUCAUGUCGUCAUUGUGGAUGAAGCACACGAAAGAUCAAUUGCCACGGAUUUAAUUUUGGGCCAUCUAAGGAAACUGGUGUAUUAUAGAAAUAAAGUUGCAAAAAUGAUGGAACGAGAGCUUUUUAAGUUGAAAGUAGUUAUUAUGACGGCUACUGGUGAAGCAUCUACUUUGCAAAGCUAUUUCCCUGGAUCGAAAGUUCUAUUUAUUGAAGGAAGAACACAUCCCGUGAAAAUUAAUUACCUGUCACCUUCAAGCCAAAGUGAUGACUAUCUUUCAUUAACGGCAGCGACCGUGAUGAAGUUGCAUAACGAGCUACCUGUCGAUGAACAUUUCUUGGUAUUCUUGACUGGACAAGAAGAGAUUGAGGGUGUGGUGAAGCAACUUAGGGCGACAAACCAUCAUUUUCACGUAUUUGUGUGCCCGUUGUACGCCGCAUUGCCAAAGAAAGCACAAGAAAAUGCAUUUACGAUUCCACCCUACGGAACUAGAAAAAUUGUUGUUGCAACAAAUAUUGCGGAAACGUCAUUGACAAUUCCUGGAAUUAAAGUUGUAAUCGAUUCUGGUUUUAUCAAAGCCAAAUCCUACUUGUCGUCGCACGGACUUGAAGCAUAUCAAGUGCAACACAUAUCCAAAUCUCAAGCGGCACAAAGAGCUGGCCGAGCUGGAAGAGAGUGUCCAGGGCAAGUUUAUCGUAUGUAUCCAAAACAGCAUUUUGACAACUUUGCCGACUUCGAAGAACCUGAAAUUAAGCGAUCGAAUUUAACACAACUUCAUCUCAUGCUUCCUCAUUUCUACAAAAUUGAUGGAUCUUUUAAAUUUAUGGAAGAUAUUAAUCCUGAGAUCGCAGUUGACGCUAAGCUUGAAUUGGAAGCUCUCGAUUUAAUAAAUCCACUUCAAGAUACUAAAGCCAUGUUAACAGAACUUGGGAAACGGCUUUCAAAAUUCCCCAUUGAACCAAAACUAGCCACUGUUUUGUAUUAUGCUACUGCUCGAGGUGUUCUUGAACAAGCGAGUUCUAUAAUUAGUAUGAUGGAAACAGAAAACUUGUUCUUACCAAGCAAUGAAGAUACUCGAUCUCUGGAACUCCAAAAAUUUUGGGCACCCGAGGGAGACUUAAUCACCUAUCUCAACAUUUUUACUCAGUUUGUCAAGUCCAAAAAUUCCAAAGUUUGGUGUGAUAAAAGUCGGAUCAGCUUCCGUGCCAUGACAUAUGCAGUUCGUGUUCGCAAACAGCUUAUUGAUCUGAUGAAACGCUUUUUGGAGGAAGUUGAAGUUGACUAUAAACCUCUACACAAUCAAAACAUCAACAUGACUAUUAUCCACUGCUUUGGGAAGACAAUCCAUUGGCAACGGGCAACUAUGGACCCAACUGGAAAAUACUACCGUAUAGAAAACGUCCAAAAAGUAAAACAUUCUGACCGCAUCAAGAAAAAUAGAAUUUGGGAAGCCAGAGUUAGAGAAAACCCGGGUUUGUGGAGCUUGGAUGCGCCUCCAAAGAAAAUAUUGCAUGCCAAAAUCCACCCUUCAUCCACUCUAGCUGUAGCUCGGCCAUCUGAAAUUAUUUUCCUAAAAGCCACUCUCAAUGAGAAGAACGACCUUUUUCUUCAUCAUUGCUCAGUCUAUGAUGAGACAAUUGCAAAUCUUCGCCACAGCCAUAAUGAGAUUACAAUAUUCUAAGCACUAAAAUCAUAAGCAUGUGUUAUACUGAUGGAAUACCUUGUAUUGCAAGAAUAAAAAGUUGAAUUUAUUA